AUGGCGGCACAGACCCCGACGGGUACUCCAAGGACGCCGGCUUCGAGUCCGAUCAUCUGCGACGACGAAGACGUCGUCAUGAAGGGAAAGUUAGUGGUGUAUUACUGGGAAGAGAACCCGGUGGUCAAGGAGGAGAAGCUGGACGACGACGGCAGAGAGGCAAACGGCGUCGGAGCUGGAAAAUUUUGCUGCAUAGCCGGCGACUGA